AUGGUGCGUUCCAUUCAAGCUACUGAAUUGAAUUAUCGACUACCGAAUAACACCUUUCCAUUAAGGUACAAUAUUGAAUUGACUACAAACAUACACAACGAUACAAUCGGAGAUGAUCGUUUUCGUUUUGAUGGAAAAGUAACGAUACAGCUUAUGGCUAUUGGUCAACCGAUAGAAAACAACAUAACGUUAAACUUCCGUCAGAUCAACAUUAAACAUGUGAAAUUAUGGCAUAUUCAGAACGGUUGGGAGCAGAUCCUGAUUGAUGAUGGUAUCAGUUUUACGCUUGACCAAGUCCGAGAGUUUGUAACGGUGCACUCACCACAGCCGUUGAACGGGUCAUAUUAUUUAGAGUUACAAUAUAACGGAACAUUACGGGAGGACAAUGCAGGAUUCUAUCGGUCUUCGUAUCGUACGGACGAUGGUUCUGUGCGGUGGCUUGCCACAACUCAGUUUUCCUCUACUGACGCGCGCCAUGCGUUUCCUUGUUACGACGAGCCUGGGAUAAGGGCCCCCAUCGGUUUACGAGUUAUCCACGGCAAACAGUAUAUGGCGCUUUCUAACGGUAUUCCAAUUGAUAUGAGAGAAAGCUUGCUUGAUGGAAUGAUAAUCACUACAUUUGCGGACACUCCACGUAUGCAAUCGUAUCUGUUGGGUAUUGUGGUGUCUGAUUUCUCGGAAGUAUCAUUGCCGUUGUACUCUAGACAAACGGCAUUUGUACGGUCUAACGCAAUCAGUGACGGAAAAGCCGAUUUUAUUGUUGAAGCAGGAUUCAAAAUACUUGCAGUAUUAGAAGAAUUUCUUGAAACUCCAUAUAUUCUACCUAAAUUGUACCAUGUAGCUGUUCCUGAUUUUGCACCCGGAGCAAUGGAAAACUACGGUUUGAUAACUUAUAAGGAAGAAAAUUUUUUUUAUGAUCGUGUAAGCUCUCCUAUGAAGCAACUUAAAACGAUUGCAACGAUUGUCGGCCAUGAAGUAGGUCAUCAUUUCUUCGGCAACUAUGUUUCACCGGCCUGGUGGAGUUUUUUGUGGAUGAAAGAAGGAUUUGCCAGAUUUUUCGAGUAUCUUGCACCACAAUUAGUUUACCCAGAGUUGGACAUCGAUGAAACUUACGCAGUAGAAAAAACUCAAAAUGUUUUUGAAAUUGAUUCUACUGGAAACGUACGGCCUAUGACAUUUUACGUAAACACGCAAAAUGAAAUUGCUGGCAUAUUUGACGACAUUGCUUAUGAUAAGGGUGGAGCGAUUUUACGAAUGUUUUAUCAUGCUCUUGGCCAAAACACUUUUCGUCGGGCGUUGGUGCUUUAUUUACAUAAUAAUUCUCUAGGCGCUGCCACACCUGAGCAGUUUGCUGAAGCUAUCCAGAAAGCAAUAAAUGAAGUUUCCUUGCCAAUAUUAUAUGAGUUUGACGCAAUCGAACUUCUAAAAUCGUGGACCGAACAAGCCGGCUACCCCUCACUUUUUGUGUUACGCACUUCGAAUUGUUCCAUACAAAUCCAUCAAGAAAAAUAUUUGUUAAGAGCUAACAGUAGCAAGUCCACCGAAUCUUGGAUUUUGCCCUUCAAUUUUGCAACUGCAAAGCAGCCUACAUUCGACAAUACUACACCCAAUGGAUGGUUAACAACAGCCGAUAAAGUGAUAUCUCCUUCCAUAGAAAAUAACUGGACCUGUCAUGAUUGGAUUGUGUUCAACAAACAGCAGACGGGAUACUAUCGAGUCAACUAUGAUAAUGAUUUGUGGCAAUUGAUUAUCGAUGCUCUCACGACUAAUCAUUCUAUUAUACAUCGAGUUAACCGUGCCCAGCUCAUCGAUGACGCCUUAAAUAAUGCUCGAACAGGAAGACUGGACUACGAAGUGGCAUUGCGAUUGUUACAAUACUUAGACAAUGAAAAUGACUAUGCUCCAUGGGCUUCUGUUAAUCGUAAUCUUAAAUUCCUAAAUGUGCAUCUAGAAAAGUCUGCCAAUUAUCAUCUCUGGCAACGAUAUUGCUUGGGAUUUAUCGAGCCCGUUUAUGAUCGCAUGGGCCUAGCAACGCAUCCUCAAGACUCCUUGCAGCAACGAAUGGCACGAGAGAUUGUCGUAAUGUGGGCUUGUAAAUUGGGAUCCUUACAUUGUCGCAACAAUACAGCAGAUAUCAUACAAAAUAUUGUCCACAACACGUCGCUGCAUACAGAUCCUGAUUUACGAGAGGCAAUUUACUGUAACGGGCUGCGAUACGCGACAUCCGAUGCAUUUGAUACCUUUUUCAAACGUAUGCAAAAUUCACAAGACCAAGGAUAUCGCUCAGAAUUGAUACGAUCACUAGGUUGUGUACAAGACGAGACAUUACUUAAACAGUUUCUCAACACAACAAUCGCUACAGAUGGUUUCAACUAUUACGGGCAGGAGCGUGACCGUGUCCUUGAAGCUGUAUAUAGUAGCGGGUACAUGGGAAUGCGGGUAGCCAUUAACUUCUUCAAAUCACAUAUGGUCCAGAUUAACGAAUUAUACAACAAAGGCAAUUUUGGAGGAAGAGCGAUAAGUACCGCUAUUCGACGGAUGGCAAAGCAAACUGCUAGUGAAGAAAUUUAUAUCGAACUGCGAGAACUAAUGGAACAGCUUUUGGAAAUCGGAUUAUUGCAAAAUUCUGAUAUGCUACGGGCUCUAGAGCAGUCCAAUGAGAAUCUAGUGUGGAUAAAUACCAAAGGGCAACUGAUUGAACUUUGGUUACAUACAAAAUAUGAAACUACAACGGUUCAGACUACAUCAAGCACAGUAUCAAGUUCCAUUUAUACUUCGCGUGCAGAAAUCUCCAUUGCUGACCUCACAACGCGGUCAUCCAUUAGCUAUAGUGUUGACCCUACUACACAGACAUCCACCAGUAUUGUUAGUUCUACGUCGCUAAGAACAAGCGUACAUAGUUCUUUGUUUCCAGUAGAAGAACCAACCACAUCAAUGCCUCUUAGUUUAUCUACAGAAAAUUACCAAGGCAACUCCAGAGCUUCGUGGUGCAUGCUCUCAAAAAUGCUUACAAUAGCACUCGGUAUAGUUUCGAUCAUAUUGGAUAUGAGAUUUUGAUCACUAUUUUGCAUCUCACUCAGGCUUCAAUGAUAAAACGGCACUUUACAUAGAGCAUAUCGGCAAGAUUUCUACAAGAAACAUGUAUGACUAGCGAUUAAAAAAAGAUGUAUUGUAAGACCUAUCAACCCAUAC